AUGAAUCAAAUUAAAAUAUUUGAAACCAGAAAACGAAAGAGUCAAUCCGAAUCUGAAAUAAAAAGCAUUUGCCUCAUAACCUUUGAAUAUUAGUCAAUCAAAAAAUAUUCAAAUAAAAGAUCACAAUCCCAAGAAUAAUUAAUAGACUAUUCUAGUACAAUCCACAUUUUAUUAAAUAUAGGCGAUGAAGAUAGUGUAAGUGAUUAGGAAAGCUAAUUGGAAUGCCAAAUCAAUUCAACAACCCUUAUGAAUUAUCAAUAGGUGCCAUCUCUCUUAUCUAUUUACACAUCUGAAAGCAAUAUAAGUGCCGAAGAAGAAUUCGAAAUUUGGGAUGACAACUAAGAUUUAAGAGUCUUAAAAAUUGUCUUGGAAGACUAAUAGCCAUCAAUAAAAUAAUUUUUAUAAUUGUACAAAGCAAGAUUCGGUGCAUUUCCAGGACAGUAAUAAUGCAUAAAAAAUGAGGAAGUAAUUAAGACUGCUAUAACUUAUGCCUCUAGUAGUAAAUAGCUAUUUAAGAAAUAUUUUCCAUCAAAAAGGAUAGUUUUUGAAGAUGAUAUAGAUUAUUCUGAACCUUAUAAAAUAGAAGAGGAUCAUCAUUUUUAAACUUUCAAUGACUUUUUUAAACAUAAGAAAACCAAAAUCUUGAUGGACUUUUGA